AUUUUUCCAAGAAUGGCAGAUGCGCUUGUUUCCCCAUAUCUUGGGGAAGCUAGCAACAAUCAUCUCCAAAGAGGCAGAACGAGAGGUUAAACUGGUCACUGGUGUUGAGAAAGAAAUCAACAAGCUCAGCAGCAAUCUUGAGUCCAUCGAGGCUUUGCUUCAGGAUGCUGACGAAAGGCAGAUCAAGGAUAGAAGCAUCCGGAGUUGGUUGACCAAGCUUAAAGACGUAUGUUAUGACAUGGAGGAUGUGUUGGAUGAGUGGAACACUGCUCUAUUAAAGUUCGAAGUUGAUGAAGCAGAUCUGGAAAACUCUGAUCUUUCCAAGGGAAAGGGCAAGAAGGUUUUUCUUGUUCUGGAUGAUUUGUGGUCAGAUGAAAGCAAAAGAUGGGAACAACUAAAUCAGGGUUUCAAACCUGCUGCAUCUGGAAGUAGGAUUUUGGUGACAACUAGGAAGAAUACAGUUGCGAAGGCCAUGAACUCCGUCUGUAAAUUUUCUCUAAAACAGCUGACUGACAGUGUAUGUUGGAAGAUAAUUAGCCAAGAAGCAUUUGUUGGAAGAGAUAAGGAACAAUGUAAAAGUUUAGAGGACAUUGGCAAGGAGAUUGCAAAAAGAUGCAGUGGAUUGCCACUAGUUGCAAAGACUCUAGGAGGCAUGUUGCGGUUCAAGAAAACAAGCGAUGACUGGAAAAAUAUCUUGGACAGUGACAAAUGGCAGUUAGAUUUGGUGGAAAAAGAAGUAUAUGUUCCUUUACUGUUGAGUUUCUAUGAUUUGCCCUCAGCAGUAAGACGAUGCUUUUUGUAUUGUUCUAUCUUUCCUAAAGAUUUUCUUAUUGUAAGGGAGGACGUGAUUUAUCAGUGGAUGGCACAAGGUUAUUUAAGUUCUGAUAAGAAUGCAGAGAAGGAAAUUACAGGAGCUGAGUGCUUUGAUUGCUUGGUGGAACGGUCCUUCUUUCAAGAUCUUGAAAUAUUUGAAGAUGGUAGCAUAUGGAGAUGCAAGAUCCAUGACAUAACGGUUGACUUUGCCAGAUUUUUUAUGGGAAAUGAAUUUAUGUCCAAAGAUCUCCAUUCUGAUGUGGAGCUUUCUUUAGAGAAAACGCGCCAUCUAUUGGUAAGGCAGAUGUCUGGGACAAGUUUUCCUAUGCUUCUUGGUGCAGAAAACUUACGGGGCCUGACCAUCUUUUACAUUCAUGAAAAAGAAACCAGUCAACAGAGCCUGACCAUCUCCGACAUUCAUGAAAAAGAAACCAGUCAAGCUUUGUGCAAAUUAUUUAUUGAACCAAAUUGUGUGCGUUCAUUGAAUUUCUAUUGGGGUCGAAUUGAUGGAUUGCCAAAAGAAGUAGGCAAAUUGCUGCACCUUAGAUCGCUUAACUUGUCUUACAGGGAAUUGCCGAAUAAGAUGGAGAAGUUGGUAAACUUAAGGCAUCUUGAUAUGACUGGCUGUUCGAGUUUGACUUUCUUUCCCAGAGGAAUUGGAAGAUUAACUUCCCUUAGGGAUUUAUGGGGGAUUAAAGUUGGACUUCAUCACACAACCGACGGCGCAUUUAGAUUGGGGGAUUUAGAAAACUUGUGUCACCUUCGUGUUUUGAUGAUGAAAAUAGUUGGAAGUAAGAUUGAUGCUAAUGAAGCCAGACAGGCGAAGCUGCAAAGUAAGAUUCAUCUCAAAGAUUUGGAGCUAAUUCUUGACCCGUGGCAUUCCCAUCAUGGAGAUUAUUUUAUUGAAGUCUUGAACCCACCUUCACACACAAAAGUGAGAACGGGUACCGUAGGAAGAAGAGAGCUGUCGGAGAUGAUUCCACAGAACUCAUGGUCGAUCUAUCAGCUUGAUGUGAAAUCUGCCUUCUUGCAUGGAAAUCUGCAAGAACAGAUAUUUAUUGAUCAACCUCCUGGUUAUGUGAAAUCUGGUUCUGAGCAUAAGGUUUACAGAUUGAAGAAAGCAUUAUAUGGACUAAAACAAGCACCUAGAGCUUGGUAUAGUCAAAUUGAUGCUUAUUUUUUGAAGGAAGGUUUUCAAAAGUGCUCUUAUGAGCAUACACUUUACAUCAAAUUUGGAGAUGGAGAUUUGGGUUUGUUGCAUUAUUUUCUUGGUCUGGAAGUAGUACAAUCAGAUUCUGGAAUUUUUGUUUGUCAGAAAAAAUAUGUGCAGGAAGUUCUGGACAGAUUUCAAAUGAAGAACUGCAAUUCUGUCACUACACCAGUUGAUAAAGGUGUAAAGCUCGUGAAAGAUCCAGGAGGCAGAUCUGUGGACAGCAAACUGUACAAGCAGAUUGUUGGAAGUCUGAUGUAUCUGACAGCAACAAGACCAGAUAUAAUGCAUGGUGUAAGUUUGAUUAGCAGAUAUAUGGAGCAUCCAAAGGAGUUGCGCUUGCAAACUGCUAAAAGAAUGCUCAGGUAUUUAUGUGGAACUGCAGAUUUUGGGCUAUUCUACAAGAAGGGUGACCAGACACAUCUCGCAGGUUUUACAGACAGUGAUUAUGCUGGAGAUCUGGAUGACAGAAAAAGCACUUCUGGGUUUGUUUUUAUGCUGGGAUCUGGUGCAAUUUCAUGGUCUUCAAAGAAGCAACCCAUUGUGACUUUUUCCACAACAAAAGCGGAAUAUGUGGCAGCAACUUCUUGUGCUUGUCAAGCUAUUUGGUUGAGAAGAAUUAUGGAAGAACUUGAGCUAAAUCAACAUGAGGCCACUUCAAUUUAUUGUGAUAACAGUUCAGCUAUCAAGCUUUCUAAAAAUCCAGUUUUGCAUGGGAGAAGCAAGCAUAUACAUGUGAGGUAUCAUUUCUUGCGCAACUUGGUAGAAGAUGGAACAAUUGAGUUAAUUUAUUGCAGAACAGAAGAUCAAGUGGCUGAUAUAUUCACAAAACCCCUCAAAGUAGCAGCUUUUUCAAAAUUGAGAGAGUUACUUGGUGUUUGCAGCAUGCAGAAUUCAGUUUGAGGGAGGGCCUGCAGAUUCUGGAUUGCAGAUCUGCAGAUAUAGUGUUAUCCAGAUUUCUUUAAACUAAAGUCUGAAGACUUUC